ACCCUGCCCACCACUAUCGUGACUCGAUGCGCACCCAAAUCGAAUAAAAGGCAUAUCUAUUGUUGGCACUGUUGUGCGCCGCGACGACCUGUCAUUGGUUAAGAGGAGGGCAAACGACUUAGGGGCUAUCAAUCAUCACAAUACCACGACUCGACGUCACCGCGCCAUUCAACUCAUUGUUCCCACCUUUACCUUCGUUUCAGGCGACCAUUAUCCCGCCGCCUAGGAUAACACUGCGACCUGCCAUCUGUCAUCGCCUACACCCCGCCACGACGACAUCGCUUUCUUUGGUACCAUGGUCCAUACACGCAGCAACAGCAAGGCACAGCCCGGCGCAUUCUUCUCCGCACCACCGGGUGACUUGGGGAAGACAGUUGCUACGGAUGCGCAACUCGACGACGAUAUUGCAACCCCGACGCUGAUAUCACCACCCGAGUCAAAGACGCCUCCGACCGCCUCCCACAAGCGUAACCAGAUCUUCCCCUCGAACCCGCUCGAUCGGAGCUCAGAACCCAUAGACGCGGCCGCUUUGACCAAGGCACUUGGUCACAUUGAGCAGGCAGGCCGAGUUAGGGAGCGGACGCCUACAGCGAGCCCAAGCCGAAAGCGCCCGCGCAUAUACGGCGACAGAUUCAUCCCAAAUCGCGCAGGCCAAGAUCUACAGGCAAGCUUCAAUCUCCUCCACGAUGAGGCAUCGCCCGCGACGCCGUCCAAAGCCAGGCGUACUCCCCACCAUGAACUGCAUUUCCAGAAGACUGAAGAGGCCAACCGCACAUACUCCGCCGUACUCCGCCAAGAGAUGUUUGAGGGCUCCGUGCCUCAAGCCUUUCCCCAGAGUUUGUCUCCGACCGACAGUGCCAACAUGCGAGGCGCAGGACGCUCACAUACUCCCCCAGCCAGGACUGCAGCUACAUUACCACCGCCUUCAGGGACGCCGUCAACCCCGCACAAAAAUCUUUUCUCAUACUCGGGCCAGCCAACUCCGUCACGGACGCCUUCAAGUCGGCACGGCAUCCUUAAUCUCAACGCCCGCUCAGAUCUAUACAGCCUAUCACCAAUCAAAUACAGCAGCCAGCGCAUGCUUCUCAGUCCCCAACGCCAAGCCCGUGCCGUCUCCAAGGUGCCAUACAAGGUUUUGGAUGCACCGGAUCUUGCUGAUGACUUCUACCUCAACCUCGUCGACUGGGGUAGCCAAAACACCCUUGGAGUAGGCCUCGGCUCAUGUGUUUACAUGUGGAACUCAAGUAGUGGCCGCGUCACCAAGCUUUGCGAACUACAAGACGAUUCCGUCACAAGUGUCAACUGGAUACAGCGUGGAUCACACAUUGCAGUUGGCACGAAUCGAGGUCAAGUACAAAUCUGGGACGCACAGACUCAGCGACGUCUCCGUACCAUGACAGGUCAUACUGCUAGGGUCGGCGCCCUUGCAUGGAACGAACACAUCCUCACUUCUGGAUCAAGAGACCGCACAAUCUACCAUCGCGACGUCCGACAACCAGAGCAAUGGCUUCGAAAGCUUGUCGGUCACAAGCAAGAAGUCUGUGGUCUCAAGUGGAACCAAGAAGAUGGACAACUCGCCUCUGGAGGCAACGACAACAAGCUCAUGGUGUGGGAGAAACUCAACGCCGAGCCCACUUUCAAGUGGAGUGAACACCAAGCUGCUGUCAAGGCCAUUGCUUGGAGCCCUCACCAGCGUGGUCUCCUUGCUAGCGGUGGUGGUACCGCAGACCGAACCAUCAAAUUCUGGAAUACCCUCGUCAACUCCAACGGUCCAUCAGCAUCAGCCCUGGCAUCCGCCUCCGCUGCUGCCUCAGCUGCGUCAACAGCCAACAUCCCCUUAUCACCCACCGCACCAGCCAACCUCAUCAACAGUCUUGACACCGGAAGUCAAGUUUGCAACCUAGCAUGGUCUAAAAACAGCAACGAAAUCGUCUCCACACAUGGCUACAGUCAGAACCAAAUCAUUGUCUGGAAAUACCCAAGCAUGCAACAAGUCGUCUCGUUGACAGGCCAUACCUACCGUGUCCUCUACUUGGCCAUGAGUCCAGACGGUCAGGUCAUCGUCACGGGUGCUGGCGAUGAGACUCUGCGAUUCUGGAAUGCGUUCAAGAAGAAGGAGCGCACUGGGGGUCUUAGCAGUAUGGAUAGUUGGGGCGUCAUUCGCUGACGACUUGUUUCUGUUCUGCAACCAGACUUCUACGAAAGUGUACUAUAGGACUGAUUUCGCGGUUCCUCGCAUGUUCAGUCCAUGUUACUUCCUUUCUUGCAACGAUUUCAGCGGCAUUUUCUUGUAUGGUUAUGAUUAGUACCUGGGCUUUAUCUUAUCAUGAGCAUGGGUGGUGUUUUGGGCGUUCUGAGCGGCGA